ACUUGCAUGUGAGAAUACAAGGCCUACAUAGGGCGCCGUGCAGUAUGAAUAUGAAUGCAUGACAAUGAUAUGAACGAAUGAUUAUGAAUUCACAAUGUGCGGUAUCUGGAAAAUCCAUGAUCUUGGCAACUCCAUAAGUUAAGUGGAAUUCAUUCACCAUGCUCCAUCUCUAUACAAAUACGUUUCUUAUUUAUAACUUCUUGCUAACAGUACGUAGUAUUAUCUGGUAACCGGCCCUCGCUAUCCUCGCCAAACAUGGAUAGCUAACACAGUUAGCGCAAAACUAAAUUAGUUUCACAGGUGUGCCAAUUUCCGCAGCUAGCACGUCAACGAAAUUAAGUGGUUGUUUGGUAGCCGAAGAAAUGUGACGGCUCGCUAGCUAUAGUGUGUGCAACUGAACUAUAUUUUAAACAUGAUAUUGAUAAGAAUUACCAUUUAAAUACGCUUACCGGGAUUACGAAUUAAUCGCGGCACGUGUAGAUUUGCCGGGGAAAUUGGAUCUCUAGAGACUCAUGGGAAAUGUUUUGUUUGUUUUUCAUUUUACGUCACCUGAAUUUUAACAACUAGCUACCAUUCCAUCGCCAAUUGACUGGUUAACCAUCAACAUGGCAAAGCAUAAAACAUCUGCAAAAGCUCUUAUAAUUGAAGAUGAUGAAGUCCGAGAAGAUGGUGAUGAUAUGAAUCCCUUUUCCUUCAAAGAGUUAAUCCGCAGUAAAAACCAAGGGGAUUCAGAUGAGAAGAAGUACCCAACGCGAAAGGAGGCAUAUGGGAGCACAUUCCUGGCAGAGGGGGAAUAUACUAUCCCGGGCCCUAAGAGCUUUGAUCAAGACUUCCAGGGUCACUUUUACAUAGACCCCGCACCGUUUCCUCAGUCUCUGGACAAUGAGACAAAGGAGUGGGCUGUGAGUUACCAGCCAUCAGCCAUUGAGGAGGCGCAUGAAUUUAGACUGUGUGGCACUGCAGCAGCAGACAGCAGCACAUACUCGGGUCAAUCUUCCCUGUGCACCGAGGAAGAAGAGGAUACUUCCUUAUCUGUAUGGCAGGUUGAUGAAGAACUUUCACCAAAGGCCCCCCAGUACAGGAGUGCACCAGUGAACUAUGAGGGAGAUGACGAAACAUCCAUGGCAGAGCUCUCCUACAAGACCAAGAAGAGUAGUACAGAGAAUGGCCAUAGGGAUCAACAAAAGCUGAGGGAGGAAAAUACGCAGCUCAGGAAUAACAUUAAAUAUCUUGUGAAAAAGUCUGAGAAGGAUGAUCAAAGAAUUCGACACCUCACAGAUGAGUUGCACAAGAGAAGAGUGCAGGGGGAGAGGGCGGCUCAGGCUUUAGAGACCAUGGUCCACUCAGUAGAGCAGAACCUGCAGUUAAUGACCAAACGAGCAGUGAAGGCUGAAAACAUUGUAUCAAAAUUCAAACAGGAGCUUCAUCAAUUACAGGGCCAAGUAGAGGGGUGCCGGUUUGAGAAUGAGAGACUUCGAGCUAGAGAGACAGCUGCCUUAAAUACAAUGAAACAUAACGCGCAAGUGGCCUCGGAGUACCUUAACAAAGCAGCACUCAAAUGCUGAGACUUCCAUCAAGAAAUUACUUACAGGAGCAGAAACUCUUUGUCUGGUAUCUCAACUGCUGCAGUCCAUUGACAACAUAUCUGAGAUUCACAAUGAAGGCUGAUGGAGUUUAAGGAGGCUAUAGAAUUUAGAUCUAGGACCAUCCAUCAAGAAACUGGAAAACAAUUAUGGCGUGUCAUUGUCACUCAACAUUCCCAGAUAAUCUAAAGUUGUAGUGUGUGCACUGAUUUGUGACAAAAUAAGAGAUAUAGCUUUUUUAAAAACUUGUACUUCAUAAAAUGUUUAGUUUUGAACCACUUUAACAGGCCAUUUGAAAACAAUAUGCUAACAGCUGUAUUUAAAGCUGAGGCAAAUAUGACUGUGA